AUGACAGAACCAUCUUCUUCAGAUCCAAAAUCGAAUCUCACAUCCCUCAAGUCCUCUCUAUCAGACCUCGAGGAUUCUUUAGGUCCAUUGAUAGGAGAAGAAGGUGAAGGUGAAGAUUCAUUAUUCGAUAAAUUAGAUCAAUUAUCUUUGAUGGAAAGGGCCAAAAUGGACAUACUCCUAAGCUACACUAUUAAUGAUUUGGUAUGGAUUUACAUGAAGAUGAAAGGUGUCAAUCCAGAUAAACAUGAUGUCACCGCUGAACUUGAUCGAAUCAAAACGUAUUAUGGAAAGAUCAAAUCCAUUGAAGAGCCUGAAACUCAACGAACAAGAAUAGAUACGAAAGCAGCACAUCGUUUCGUCAAAUCUUCCAUACCUCGCUCACAGCAUCUACCUCCUACCUCAGCAAGUCAAUUGGCUUCGCAACAAGCUCAAGCUGCAGUACAGGAACAAGACGAAUCACUGAAACGAGUUAGUAAAGCUGGAAGAUUCAGAUUCAUCGAGCCACAAGGAGACGAAAAGAUCAUCCCUGGACAAGAUCAGGAUCAGGAUAUGGAUGAAGACGAAGAUGAAGAAGAUGACGAAGAGGCUGGAAUUGAAGAGGGAGGGGAGCAGGGCGCAGAAGAGUUCCUUAGAGGUGUCGAAGAGGAAAUGAAAGGAUAG